AUGGAGGCGGUCUUCAGCAGGUCAGCUGAGAUUGCCGGUAUUUCCAACAGGAUGGUGAAUGAUUGGGAAGGAAUAGUCCUCGACUUCCGCAGUAGCGACGAAUCAACAAUUCAUCCAGCAAAUGACCUCCUCGUACAAGCCCUGCAGCAUUAUUUUGGUGACACAUACUUGGCGCAGUCAGUAGUACAACACACCACUGAACUUUGCUCUCACAUGAUUCGUCUCUGGCGAUCCAAGCUGGAGCAAGACGCAGAAUUGAUACACCCAGGUGAGAAGGGUCGAAAGUACAUAUUUCUCUUAAAUAACACAUACGUUGUUCGUCAAACGGUGUCGCGUCAAGGAGCAUAUUUUCCCAAAGUAGAACUGAGGAGUCGGCUCAGUUCAAUGAUCGAGGGAUACAAGAAGGGCUACUUGGACGAGUGUUGGGCUCCUCUGAACCGUUUAAAAUCGGAGGAGUUUACGGCCGAAUUUCUUGCCACCUGUAAUCGCCAGAGGACGUGGAAGGUUACAGCUGAGCUCAGGUACCAACUGCGGCAGGAGAUUCUGGAUUUGGUUGUUUCACAUUCACCGUAUGAGGUAUCCAACGGAAGCUGUAUGAUGGAAGGAUUAUUUGAAGGAUGA